GCGUCGUGCCGUUACGUUACGAAUUGCGGAUUGCCUAUGAUUAUAAAUAAUUGAUUGAAUAUCUUUUCAUUAUCUUCUUAAAUAAGUACUGAUUGAAUCUCCAAAAUGACUGCUGAUCCUAAAUCUAAGUUAUCCGAGCUUCAAGCGACGAUAUCCAAAAUGUCUCUCGAAGCGUGCUGUGUGGCGGUUUUACCGGAGUUAGGGCUUCUCUGGGGCGACGUGUCUCGCGCUAUCCGCGGCUCGAGGCUGCCCAUGACGCCGGCCAGUGCUGCGAGGGUGCUGUGCAGACAUAUCGCCCGCUCACUGCCGGCUGAAGAGUAUGAUGACUUGUUGAACCGUUUGAAGCUUAAGUUGGUAGCAACACAGAACCGCGUAUGGCACCUGGUCUCACUGUCGGAGCCAGAAUCAGAUGAGCCCGUGUCUGCAGCCGCCAUGACGUCUCGCGUGCGGCACGCGCUGCGUAAAGCCAAGGCGCCUAAGAAUAUGACCACUGUGGUGGAGUCAGUGAAUAUCGGCGACCUAGUCUACUUCAGCGUGCAACUGGUCUCCGCAACCAAGCAGGGCAACACACUAUACUGUGCUGUGCCUCCGGGCAGGCCUGUGGCGCUGCUCAGCACCCUCGGAGCCAAGACUAUGCUGAAGGCUAUUGUAGAAGGUCUCGGCUACAAAACCUUCACGGACGAGAGUCUCCACGGGCGCGACAUCCCAUCCCUCCUGCGCGUUCACGCGCGCGGCGCCGCCGACCACGAGGACAUACUCGGCGCUCCGGAGUACCGCCCGCAGCCGCUGCUCACUGACAACGGGAUAGACUUUACUUACAAGGGCUACAAUGAGGAAUACAUGGAGCAGGUGAUGGGCCCCAGCCCGCCGCUGAUGACGGACCUUAAGAUACAGACUUCGGAGCCCUUCUUUGACCCUAAUAGGUUAAAGAAAAACAUAAACCUGACCAUAGAGCUAAAAAGCACAGACAUAGCGUCGACAUUGAAGCAAUGGGUGAAACUUGGAGCCCUGAAGCCCACCUCGCCGCUCGUGCAGAUCUUCCACCAGACGCAGAGUAACAGCAUCGUGUACCAGCGGGACGACUAGACACACACACACACACACACACACACACACACACACACACACACACACACACACACACACACACACACACACCUCGCCCCUCGUGCAGAUCUUCCAUGAGACGCAGAGUAACACGCCUACCAGCGGGACGACUAGACACACACACACACACACACACACACACACACACACACACACACACACCUGUUUUUAUUUAACCACCGUAAUGUUUUAUAUAAUCGAUUAAAAAUACUGAUAUAACA